AUGCUGGCCAAGUCGCAACCGGUUGCGCGACUGUCGAUAAUCAAGGAUAAUGGCAUGGUCAUCGCUUACUGUACGGGCUGGCUACUUGGUUGCGAAGGUCACUUGAUUACGAAUCAGCACUGCAUCGGCAAUAACCAAGACGCGCUCAAUACAAAGGUCGAGUUUCUCGCUCAGUCAACGAGUUGCAAAGGCGGUGAGACUUGUGACUCUCAGGGUGGAUGUCCAGGACCGAUUGGCGUGACGUCGCCAACACUAGUGGCCGUCUCGGAAGAGUUGGACUACGCGGUGGUCCGACUUGGUAUCAACGACAGUAUUGCGGAUUACUCCGGCCUGUACGAGAAGACGAGUGGCUAUCUACAGUUCCGCGCAUCGGGAGCGGUACCGAAGGAAAGCAUUUACAUUCCGCAGCAUCCGCUGGGCUAUGGCAAACGUAUUGCAUGGCUGUAUAAUGGUCAACCAGGACGUGUCGAGUCGCUGACGGUCACCGAAUGCCGCGAAGACGAUGUGGGCUACUAUAUCGACACCCAGGAAGGAGCGUCAGGCUCACCGAUUCUUGGCACGAGUGACCAUAAUGUCAUCGCGAUGCACCACUGCGGUGGGUGCUUGAAUGGUGGUAUCCCAGCGCAAUCGAUAAUCGAGGAUCUCACCACAAAAGGCGUUUUGCCAAAAUGCUCCGUCGCAACAUAG